CGCCGUAGAGUCCCCGUUGCCAUGGCUCCCGGGUUCCCGCCGGACGCACUGAGCUGUGGCUACUAGGCGCGAAGCGAGUCUUGGGGGUCCGGGUCGGGCUUCCCGGACCAGCGAAGCCGACAGGCGCCAUGGGCCGGAUCACGGAAGAUCUCAUCAGGCGGAAUGCGGAACACAACGAGUGUGUAAUUUUUUCUCUGGAGGAACUCUCCUUGCAUCAGCAAGAAAUAGAAAAGCUAGAGCAUAUUGACAAAUGGUGCCGGGAUUUAAAAAUUCUCUAUCUUCAAAAUAACCUCAUUGGAAAAAUCGAAAAUGUUAGCAAACUCAAGAAGCUUGAAUAUUUGAAUUUAGCUUUAAACAACAUUGAAAAAAUUGAAAAUUUGGAAGGAUGUGAAGGGCUGGCAAAGCUUGACUUGACUGUGAAUUUCAUUGGAGAGCUGAGCAGUGUCAAGACCUUGCAGUGCAACAUCCACCUGAAGGAGCUCUUCCUCAUGGGCAACCCGUGCGCGGACUUCGAUGGCUACAGGGAGUUUGUGGUGGCCUCUCUUCCACAGCUAAAGUGGCUGGAUGGCAAAGAAAUAGAACGUUCAGAAAGGAUCCAGGCGUUGCAAAACUAUCCAGUGGUUGAGCAGCAAGUCCGAGAGCAGGAAAAAGCUUACUGCCUCAGAAGAGCCAAAGACAAAGAGGAGGCCCAGAGGAAGCUGGAGGAGCAGCAGGACAAGGAAGACAGGAGGAGGCGGAGGGACCCGGGCUUUGACGGGCGUUGGUACACAGACAUCCACACUGCUGCCCCAUCUUCUUCAGAGACUAUAGACCACUUCCAGGCACCAGAAACACAAGAAGAGGAAUACAACAAAAAGAAAUUGAAUGAAAGUGAAGAUGAUCUGGAAUUCUGGAAUAAACCUUCCUUGUAUACUCCAGAAUCUAGAUUGGAAACUCUUAGACAUGUGGAAAAACAACGAAAAGAUCAGGAAAAAUUAAGUGAAAAAAAGAAGAAUGUGAAACCGGCCCGGACUUUGAUCACUGAAGAUGGGAAGGCCCUGAAUGUCAAUGAGCCCAAACUUGACUUCUCUUUGAAAGAUGAUGAAGAGCGUAACCAGAUCAUCGUGGACUUGGCUGUCUACAGGUAUAUGGACACCUCUUUAAUCGAGGUUGACGUGCAGCCAACUUAUGUGCGAGUAAUGGUCAAAGGAAAGCCGUUUCAGCUUGUCCUUCCUGCAGAAGUCAAACCUGACAGCAGCUCUGCGAAAAGGUCGCAGACAACAGGACAUUUGGUGAUCUGCAUGCCCAAGGUAGAAGGAGUAAUCAGAGGACGAACAUCCAAGCCUGUGAAAGCCACCUCGAACAGCCCCAGAGAGCAAACCAAGGAAAGAAGCAAGCAAGCUGAGAAACUAGAAGUAGAUCCUAGCAAGCAUUCCUACCCUGAUGUGACUACCAUAGUUCAAGAGAAAAGCCACAGGCCCAGAAGACUGGCAUCUGAACACAAAGUCAUGCCAAGUGAGGAAGACGCAUACUUUGAAGAUAACCCUGAAGUGCCUCCACUGAUUUGAGACAUCAGGCUGCACUGUCAUUGGCUAUGACAUGCCACGCCCCCUUUGCUCAGGGCAGAGAGUCAAUGGUCGUCAUUUAUGGGGUAAACACAGAACUACCUUUCAUUUUGCCACUCCUGUGUUUCAACUCCUACUUUGUACAGUAGUAUUCUUAAGCAAGUUUGAAAUUAAAAUGAAUAUCUUUAAUAUGCUGUAACUUAUUCUUUGUCUAUAAUAAAGGACUGUCUAGUGAAAAAUUAAGUGAAAAGAUAGGAUUAUUACAUAAAAUAUUGAUAAUAAGUCACCAAGUACCUGCUUAUGCAAUAGUCCUAGGUGUAAGGACUGACUAUUAGAUUGGUACUUCACCAAACCGGCCAAGCUCAGAAGUUAGAGCUGUAAUUUAGACCCAAUUAGAAUGCUUUAAAGCAGUUUUAAACAGUGUUUCACUAUCUCUUCUCCUGACAUGUCUGCUUUCUCCAGUGGCUCCGUGACAGGGCAGGAAUGUGAGUUCUGACAUUAGAUGCCCUGUAUCGGGGUUCCAGCCGAGUCACUCUGUGAAGACCUUCAACAAGUUCUCCCAUCCCCCAGCCUAGUGGCUUCAUCUGGGACCAGCGGUGGUGAUGCUCGUCCCGUAGGGUGUCUCAAGAUCGGCACCUAGUCCAGCGCCUCCCGUGCGCGGAGCCCUGCUCCUCCUCCUGCCCCCUCCUCCCCUGCUUGCUUGAUGACUUUUCUCUCAUUUCCUUUUUCUUCACCUUCUUCCUCCCCAUCAUCCCUUCUUGCUCUACUUCCUUCUUAUUGGAUGUCUUUACUUCUUCUCUGUCGAGAACACUAUGGACACACAUUCAUCAUAAACCACAGGGGAAAUUGCUCCAGCCAUAAUACAGCAACAACUAAAAUCAGAUUUCCCCCAAACAGCCAUUCAACAGGCGCUUCCUGAGUCUGUCUUGAGCAGUGCAGCUGUUCACGUGGGACUCCUCAGUGCUGCAGCUUGGGUGCAGUCCGAGGGUGUCCUCCCAAGGUUGAUGCACUGGGAGCCGGAUUCCAUGUGGCAGUAUUGGAAGGUAGUAGGACCUUUAAACAGGAGGGCCUAGUGGGAGGCCCUUAGGUCAUUGGAACUGCUGCCCUCAGAAGGGAGUACUGUCUCCUGGAGUGAGUUCUCACAAGAGCAAGUAGUUCUAAAACCCUGAGCCUGACCCCUAGCUAUCUGGCUACCUUCCUCACACUUGUGUUCCUAUCAUCACGUGACCCCAUCCAGUGUGAGGCCAAACUACUGGGUU